AGUUGAUUUCUAUAUUGUUUCAGUACAACUUUAAUCUGUUUCGGUCUGAAAGUCGUUAAAAUGAGCGAGUUUUCAGUUCGAAAGCUUGUUGAAGCUUUAGUGGUUUUAGAGAGUUAUUCUGUGAUUUCUGUUACAGCUUGUAGAAUAACAUGAACACACGCUGCAGACGCUCUGUAAGGAGUUUUAAUCUGUGCUGAACUUUAUAAGUUGAAUUGUGGAGGUUCUUUAUAGAGAGAGAGAGAGAGAGAGAGAUGCAUUAGGGCAGAAAUAAGUAAUACAGAAUAACAAAUUUGUCUAGCAUCACAAAAAACACAAAUGAAGAGUGUUAGAGUUUAUUUACCUAUUUUUUCCCCCCACUCAUAUCUAUAAUAUCAUUAAUUGGUUGAAGCAGUCCAAAGCCAUCAGACCUUCAUGUGUUUGUGUUUCUCUCUUUUUUUGUUUUUAGACUUUUUGGAUAAACUGAGCCCAAACGCAGCCUGUUGGACAAAAUGACAACCUUCAAGUCGGGAUCCGGCUCAUGCUUUUCAAUGCAGGUUGUCCUGUGGCGUGACGGUAGGUGGGUGGUGUGGCUCUGGCCUCGGCCCCCUCGCGCCGCUGAAUGGCUGCGAUGGCGCCCGCGCUGACCGACACGCCGGCCGACACUCACCGAAUCCGCCUCAAACUGGCUCCAUCCUCCUCCGCUAUCAACCCGAGUGCCGUGGAGGAAAACGGCGCCACCGACCGCGUCCUCGUCCCCACCAACGGCGCCGUCAAACGCAAAACCUCCUCCGACAAAGAGGAUCAUCUGUCCUGCGCGGCCGGAACCUUCAGCAAGGACGACUCGGGUCGCGAUCUGGGCAAAAUCCAGCAGCUCGUCACCUCGUACCGCUGCUCGGAUGAGACCCUGAAACUGCAAAACGUCUUCGACAUCCUACCCGGCAUCUUACAGCGCAAACACCACACCCUGGAGCUAUCAGAGGAGCAGCUGAAGAGCAUCAUGAGUGCGGGGAACGGCAGCGGUUUGCCGUCUCUACAGCAGAGUGUCGGCGUUAACGUGAACGGCGUGGCGAGGAAAUUCACGAAAGCGAGCAGAGACUCCAACAGCGUCACCAUGAACGGAGGCAAGCACGGACAGCCGGCGCUUCCCCUCACUCACGGCGGGUCCACGGGAAACGGCCCUGUUAGAGAUUCUGCAGAGCAGCACCAGUGCCCUAGGGGCGUCCCACGAGACCGUCCCAACAACAUCCCAGAAUCCCCAGCACUCUUUUGUGCACCUUCACAAGAGCGGAACGGAUCGGACGGCUUGGCGACGAUUUGCGCAGAAGUUUCCGUUGCUCCUCCUCCUGCGCUCCACCCGCUCGGCAGCCUGGGAGGAGACCUGCACAGCCGGUCGCAGCAGGCCAAGAGCCGUCAGGUGGAGAUCGAGGGUCGUCUGCGGCGCCUGCGCAAGCGGUUGCAGGUGGUGCAGGCGAAGCAGGUGGAGCGUCACGUGCAGCAGCAGCUCGGUGGAUUACUUUGCAGCACUCUGGGGACUCGGGACUCCCGGGUCUAUCAGGAGAGAGCAGAACCCGGACGCUUCCUGAGGGGUGGAUCGGUGCCGGCCGAACUGGAGCGACUCUCGCUGAGCUGCAGCACCAACCUGCGAGCGGCGGAAAACGCCUUUGAUUCGGACGCCACCGAGAGCAGCUCCGGAGGAGAAACGGACGUGGAAGAGGACGAGCUGGCCCGGGCGGACAUCGAGCAGCGGCACAUGUCUCUGUGGAGGAGAGCUGAGGGCCGUUAUGCGCUGGAACGCUCCUCCAUCAUCAGUCACUGGAACUGGCUGCAGGCUCACGUCUCUGACCUGGAGUACCGCAUCCGCCAACACACCGACAUCUACCGUCACAUCCGCACCAGCAAGGGUGCCGUGGUGCUGGGUGAGAGAUCAGUAUGUGAGACAGCAACAGAGAGCAGCAGCAGCGGGUCGAGGACGGAGAGUCUCAGCUAUCCGUCGGCGCCCGACGCUGACGGGGCAAACGGCUCUGUGUCCGGCCUCGGAGUCUCCAUGGAGACGAACCUGAGGAAGAGUUUCCCGUCUGUCCGACACGUUAACGGGGUCAUAAACAGUCUGCGUUGUGGUCCUUCGACCACGUGCGAGUCGGAGCAGCAGAGGCUCAGUGUUGAAGACUCGAGCUGUGUAGCAGCACGAACUCGUCCUCUCAUCUCCUGUAGGAGGAGACGCCUGAUCCGACCUUACACACUGCCUCACCUCAACAACAAGGUGCAGACAGGCCAAUGGUGUGGCUGUGAUGUCAGUGGUCAGUGUGUGAUGUGCUGUAGUCGUCCUGCCACUUCGUCACAGACUCUGUUUCAGCGGCCCCUGCUGGACAGACUGGCUCAGCUCGACCCCUGCGUCCACCCCGUCCUCUCCUUCAACGACGAUGUCGGAAUGGGUCUGCACUUACAGCGUGUGAUGAAGUGUCACUGGCAGGGCCGGCCGCUGGACAAGAUCAAACCCAUCAAGAAGCUCUCCCUCAAACACUCGAAGUUCUCUCCGAGCGGCCGUCUCAUCGAUCCAUCAUCGUCAGCCUCUUCCUGCUCCAAAGACAAGCUCAAGCUGACCAGCCCGCUCCUCUCCACAGACCGUUUGUCCCAUCACAGAAUGCGACCAGAGAAGCUGUUUCGACACCAGCAGAGUGACACUGAGUCCCGUCAGCUGUACAGAGCAGAGCGCAGUCACACACGCAAGAGAGUCAGAGAACACUCAGUGGAGCGUGACAAUGUCAGUAUGGAGGUGGCGAGCCCGAGUUCCUCUCUGACCACGCCCACUCUCAGUCCUGUAGUGAGACAGCUCUCAACCUCUGAGAGCCCAACACCCUGCAGUCUCAACACCACACCGCACCAAGCACAGCGUAAGAGGAGAGUGGAGAGCUCAUUUGACAUCAACAACAUCGUCAUCCCCAUGUCUGUGGCAGCGACCACCCGAGUGGAGAAACUGCAGUACAAAGAGAUCCUCACACCCAGUUGGAGGGUGGUGAACAUCAUGACCAGUCACAUUUCGGAGGAGGAUGAUGCAGAAGAGAUUGAGGAUUUAUCAGAUGCAGCGUUCUCUCAGCUUCAUCUCCCGUAUGAAGAUCAGGAACGUUCUCGCUGGAGUUGGACGUCCAGUUCUGUUGCCAAAAGAAGAGGCAGCCGCUCGUACAAGUCAGUUGACGGCCGCAGCACUCCCCUCCUGGGAGGAACGACCCCCUCCACUCCUCAGCCUUCGUCUCCGGACCCAUCUCACUUCCCUUUGCUGCAGGACUACAGCUCGGCCCUUUCACCCUCCCCCUCCAGCCCUGCCAGCCCUGAGCUCCUCACACUCUCUCACACACACACUCACACACCUGCCUCCAGAGACUCCCACCGGCUCCUGUCCAACGAAGACACGCGCUGCUCCACGCCCGACACCAGCUACGACGAGACGCCUGUGCAGCCUUGGGAGCACAGAACGUUCCCCCUGGACACGGAUCCGGCGCAGGAUCACGAGCAUCCCGCGAGUCCGGGCAUCGAGCGCACGUGUCGAACCGCCAGACGAAUCUCCGGCUGCAGGAGCGGCUCCAGGUCCGAGUGCGAGGGCGAGCCUCCAUCACCGCUGCCUGAGGACACGAGCCGGCACAGGAGCAACUCCCUCAGACACACACACUGCUGAAACGUUCUGUACAGACUUGUCUCUCUCUCUCACACACACACCCACCCCUCUCCAGCUCCAGAGCAGAACCUCCCGCUGUUUGAUAUUCAAACAUCACUUAAUUCUUUCACAGUUUUCAGUGAAUUUGGUGAGUUGAAGAUUGAAACCCAGUAGAGACAACUUCCUUUUUCUUUCUUUCUUUCUUUGUUCAUUCAUUUGUUCUGUUGUUUUUGGGUCACUGGAAAUCAAACGGUGGUGGUGGUGGCGGAAAGCAGGAAACCGAGACUCGGUGACGUCCUAAAUCGCUCAUGUGCACUUGCUUUGCAUCGGAACGGACCGAAGAGAUCGUAAACUUAGCGGGUUGACCUCAAGCUCUCUAUUAUACUGAUUUAGGUACAACCCCAAAAACGCACAUAAAAACGCCUGACCAUCAGGCAUGUCCUUAUUAUUAUUAUUAUUAUUAUUAUUAUUAUUAUUAUUAUUAUUAUUAUUAUUCAUUUAUUAUUUCUUUCAGCACUUCUCUAUGUUCAUUCUCAGUGUCUUUAAUAUUCGGGGCCAGCUUUAACUGACCUGUAGGAUUAAUCAGCUUCCUGUUUGGUUGAUGCUCGUGUGUAUUUUAAUUCGCCUUUGAGUGAAGGAGCCCCGUUUCUGUGAGGAUUAGCAUAAAGCAGCAGGUCGAGCAUUUACUAUAAGUUCAUAUACAUGUAGGAUGAGUUUCGUGGGAAGUUUUGUUUUGUUUUGUUUUGUUUUUUUGUAAGAAAAAGAAAACGAAAAGGGGAGAACAAAAAUCCCAUGAUCCUGUAUCAGCGCUCCGAGGUGUUUCCCUGAUCCUUCAGCCGUACCUGCAGUUUCCUCACCUGAGAACCGAUCGAUCGCAGCACUUAUAAUCCCAGGCGCUUUGCUUUAACUCUGCUGCCUGAAUGCUUGAAGUAAGUAGCGCAGGAGGAGCGUUCUUCUCCUCCGUAUUUGCACUCUGAUGCUCAGCACUCUUCUUUCUGCUCUGUCCAUCAUUCCAUCGCAGCGGUGUGUCCGGCUGAAACGCGCUCGUGUGGCACUUAAGUUUCGCUGAAUUUCCGUUCUGUUUUCCGUUUCCAACAGCGAGGCAAGAUUUACGAUGUUUUCCCAACAGAGUUCAUAAAUGAUCAUGCUACAAAAAACAGCACCCCCCCCCUUUAAUCACCAUCAGACUGACCGAUGUUGUGGCUCUUCAUCAUGACUCCUUUAGAAUUCAUCAUCACGAUGUUUUUGUUGCAAUUAUGAAUCUAUUUGCCUUACCAUCCACGUAAAAUGUCUCACGUGUAAGGGGCGUGGCCAAGCGAGAGACACUUAGCCAGAGAGGCUAAGGGGCGGGGCUAGCACUCUAAAAGCGCACAAAAUGUUUUAUCUGUAUAAAGCUACAGGUGUGGUUGAGGUACAGAUUUACAGUUUGUUUGGACUUUGAAGGGGGAAAAUGUGCAAUUUUUUUUAAGUUUUAAGUAUUCGUGUACUCAGACAGGAAAUGACAUCAUUGGUAAUUAGUUCCGAUGAGUGGAGGGUUAUGAGCUCUGCUCCAGCUCUGUAGCGCUGUUAGGAUUUCAGCUCUUUCAUAUUUUAGCACAGAGCCACAUCGUUGUUUAUUUUCCUGGUCGUGAAGCUGCACUGUGUCUCAUUUCACUCUCAAGUUCAAGCUUGUGGUUUUAUGCAGAUAUUUUCUCUCUUUUUUUCCCCCUUUUUUUUUGCUUCGCCUUUCUCGCCUCACGUUUCUGCUUUUCCAUCAACUGGACUGUGUGUAAUUCCAUUUGUUUCGCCAUGUGAGUAUUCUACACUCGGAUCUGUCUUCACGUUAUUAUACACUCAUUAACCAGCAGGUUUAGCAGGUUGUGUGUGUGUGUGUGUGUGAGAGAGAGAGAUAUGUAUGCUAUAAUAAAUCGCCAUGAAGAAAGAAUAUCAGCUACUGGCCCAUUUUCUGCGUUCUCUUCCCCCUGAUUAAUAAACACACCCCCCGGAAGGUGAUGGUCUGCUCGGCGUGUUCGUUCGUACCGUCUGAUUAGCAUUCAGGAGCCGGUGUCGUGAUGUGCGAGAUAUUUUCCUACACUUCAGUUUCCACCAUGGUGAAUUUGACUGGGGGGUGGGGGGGUUGGGUAGGAGGAGUCUGGUGUAUCAUUUAGCAUGUAAUAGUUUGUAUUAUAAAUAAGAGUAUAUUUUGUAAAUACAUUAUUUGAUUCUUUACCGUGUUUUGAUUUUUUUUUUUUGAGGCUGUCUGUAGCUGUCCUGAUUGUAUAGCGAGAAGACGCAUACAAAAAAAAAAUAAAAAAAAUAUUUAACAACUUUCUUUACGGAAAUAAAGGUGUAUGGAUCAUUGGCCAAUCUGACGACAGCGUUUGUGCUUCUCCAAAUUAAAAGUGAAUUAUAUUGUA